UGUGGCAGUGAGUUCCAUAGUUUAACUAUGCGCUUUGUGAAUAAGUGUUUCUCUUUCUCUGUCUGGAAUCACCUUCCCUUCUGCUUUAUUGGAUGCCUCCAGUUUUCAGUGUUUAUGAGAGACGGAGAAAAAAUUAUCCCUAGCCUAGCCAUUUCUCCACACCAUGCCUUUUUUCUAAACGAAGAAGCAGAAAUCAUUUCACCUUUUGCUCUGGCCUCUUGACCCUUUUGAUUGUCAUUUUCUAAACCUCGUCCACCUCUGCUAUAGCCUUUUUUUGGUGAGGCAACCAGAACUGUAUGCAGUACUCCAAAUGCAGUCACACCACAGAUCUGUAUGACCGUGUUGUGAUGCUAGCAGUUUUAUUUUCAAAAUCUUUCCUAAUGAUCCCUAACAUGGAAAUCAGCCAUACACUGGGUUGACAUUUUCAUUGAGCUAUCCUAAUUUCCAUUUCAUCAUCUUCAUUUGUCUUGAGUCACCUUCUCCGGAAUGCCUCCUGCGCAUACUCCUGCCUUUUGGGAGUGGGGUGAAGAAGAAGACUAUGAUGUGGAAUAAUUUUAGCAGUUGCCAUUUGUCGUACUUAAUUCUUUAUUUGUAUGCAACCUUUGUUGCAACAUCAACAAAAUGCUCAAUUUUUUGCUCGAUACCUUGCAGCGUCAGGGAAAAAAUAACGCAAUUCACUCUCACCGUCACAAAAACAUAACAAAAUUUAAGAAGCCGUAUGUAAUAAAUGAAAACGUAUCAAUAAAUGUACAGUAAAAUGAAUCCUUGUGUAAUUCCAAAUUAGGUGUAACAAUAAAAAUACAAAGCAAUAAAAAUGCCAAGCACAGCAAAAAUCAAUUCUCCCCUAAAUUAAAUCUUGACCGCCAACAAAAAUUCCUAAACCAAAUUCCACUGUGAUAGCUUGGUGAUAGGUAUAGGGGUCUCUCAACACCCUUAACAAAAACUUGGAUUGUUUGGGGGAAGCCGUGACUGAUUAAAAGUGGAAUAAUGCUGCUUUAAAUGUAUAGUGCAGAUGGGGGCCUUUGAGACCCUGAAAAGAGUUAAAGUGACAGAGGCUUGUUCCUAGAGAGGCUUUGGAAUACGGGAUAGGAAAAGAGCCUCUUCCUGGCCCCGCCUCCUCCUUGGUCCAGGCAAAUUUUGAACAGCUGCAGGAAGAGGUGAGUUGCACAGCAGGAGUCUAUUAGGGAAAGCAGGGGGGAAGGGUGCCCAGAGGGGACAAACUUAGAAAGGGAGUGAAGGUGGGUGAUCUUCUGGAACACAGGUGCUGGCAGUGGGUUUUCCUCCUUCCUAUUCUUCUGGAUUCCAAGUCCUGCCAACAGGUUAUGAAAGAUGACAACAUGAAAGAGGUUAAAAUGGAGAACCAUGAAAAAGGAGCCAGGUUUCCAUGAGGUCUGAGGCUGGUGAGGGUGGACAGACUCUUGGUGGGAGGACGAUCUCAUGUCCCCUGACCAAACUGCAGUCUGUGCAGAUAUGGAGUCUAUGAAUGAGGAAGCGAACAAGAACCCAGAGCUGAAGAGCUCUGAGCUGAGGGAGCCACUCCAGGCAGCAGUGCAGACAGCCAAAGAGCAAGAUACCCAGUGCGUUGCGAAGGUGGAAGCUGUUUUGAGACAACGGGUGGGAAAUCCAGGCAGGAUAGUAAAUAAGACGAUUAGAUGUUCAGAAAGCAGCAAAGACUUGGAUGAAAUCUCAGCCAAGGAGGCAAAAGGGAAGGAUGAGGGACAAGUAACCUCAACAGAAUGCGAGAACAGCUCCUCCAUUGCAGAAGAGAGGCCGUAUAAGUGCUCAGACUGUGGGAAAACCUUCUGUAGGAAUGCUAACCUUAUUAGACAUUAUAGAACCCACACAGGGGAGAAACCCUAUGAAUGCACCGUAUGUGGGAAAAGCUUCUCUCAGAAAGGAAAUCUUGCUAUGGCAUGAGAGAAUCCAUGCAGAAGAGAAGCCGUACAAGUGUUUGCAUUGUGGGAAAUCCUUCUGUAAGAACGCCGACCUCCUUCGACACCAGCGCAAUCAUACAGGGGAGAAACCGUAUCAGUGCUCCGUGUGCGGGAGAAGCUUCAGCAUGAAUUCUGACUUUAUUAUACAUUUCAGAACCCACACGGGAGAGAAGCAACAUGAAUGCUCAAAAUGCGGCAAAAGCUUCAAUAAGAAAUGUAACCUGGUUGCACACGCCAGGACCCAUAGCGGGGAGAAACCGUACAAAUGCUCAGAGUGCGAGAAAUCUUUCUCUACAAACUCGGAAGUCUUUAAACAUUACAGAACCCACUCAGAAAACAAACCUUACGACUGCUGGAACUGUGGCAAGAGGUUCAGGCAAGAAUCGCUUUUAGCCGCACAUAGGAGAAUCCACACUGGGGAGAAGCCAUACGAAUGCUCAAGCUGUGGGCAGAAAUUUACUCGGAAAGGAAACCUCGCUCUUCACGAGAGAAUCCACACAGAAGAGAAACCAUACAAAUGCUUGGAAUGCGGCAAAUCGUUCCAAGCAAACUACAAACUUAUUGCACAUCAGAGACUCCAUGCAGGAGAGGCUCCAUAUGAAUGUCCGGACUGCGGCAAAAGCUUCAUCCGAAAAGGGAGACUCACAGCACACCUACAGUUCCACUCAGAGAAGAAACCAUAUGAAUGUUUGGAUUGUGGGAAAUCCUUUGUUAUGAACUCCGAUCUCCUUAGACAUCAGAGAACCCACACGGGCGAGAAACCAUAUGAAUGCUCAGACUGUAAGAAAAGCUUUAGCCGGAAAGAUGGCCUUCUCAAACAUAUAAUCAUCCAUUCAGGGGAGCAAUCGCAGACGUAUGAGAAACCCUAUGGAUGCUUGCACUGUGGCAGAAGCUACAAUUACAAGCAAAAUCUCAUUAUCCAUAUGAGAAACCACAGCGGAGAAAAGCCCUAUCGGUGUUCAGACUGCGAUAAGGCCUUUAAUACAAACUCUGAGCUUACUAAACAUCGGAGAAUGCACACAGGAGAGAAACCGUACAAGUGCUCUGAGUGUGGGAAAAGCUUUAGCCAGAAAGGAGACCUCAUUGUCCAUGUGAGGAUCCACACAGGGGAGAAACCAUAUAAAUGUACCGAUUGCGGCAAAUGUUUUAGCCUUAGUUACCUUGUGAUCCGCCACCAGCAAAUGCACACAGGGGAGAAACCGUUUCUGUGUUCUGAAUGUGGGAAAUGUUUUGGUAUACGCUCAAAACUUAUUCGGCACCAGUUGACUCACACAGGAGAAAAACCAUACAAGUGCCUGGACUGCGGUCAGUGUUUCACUCGUAAAACGAACCUUUUCAAACAUAUGGCAGCCCAUUCAGCGAAGAAGCCAAGGUUGCUGACCCCUGGGCUAGAGGCAAAGCAUAGCCAUCAGGGAAACUCUGAGCAGAAAAGAUGGCCAGGAUCAUGUGCACAAAAGCCCUUGGCUAAGGAAACAAACUGGGACCAAAGAGAGGGUCCCUCAGCAUGGAGUGAAGGCAGAAGGCAAAGGCAUCCAGAAACAGACAUGGAUGAGCCCAUUCUGUGUGCAAAAAACUUCAAAGAUUUAGAUGCCAUCGCAGCCAAGGAGGAGAUUGAGGAAAAUGACAAGCAGGUGGCAUUGACCAAAUGCGAGAUGGACUCUCCAAGGUCUACAUGCACCCACAUGGAAGGGAAACCACAUAAGUGUCCAGACUGCGGAAAGUCUUUCAGCAUGAAUUCUCACCUUAUUAGUCAUCAGAGAACCCACACGGGGGAGAAACCGUACGGGUGCUCAGCGUGUGGUAAGAGCUUCUCUCAGAAAGGGCACCUUGCGGUCCACGAGAGGAUCCACAUGGAAGAGAAACCAUACAAAUGCUCAGAAUGUGGGAAGUCUUUCUGUAAGAACGCUGACCUCACCAGGCACCACCGAAACCACACCGGGGAGAAGCCGUACAAAUGCGCCGAUUGCGGGAAGUCGUUCAGCAUGAACUCCGACUUCGUUAGGCAUUACAGAACCCACACAGGAGACAAAAUGUAUGAAUGCUCGGACUGUGGGAAGAGCUGUGGAACAAAAAGCCACCUGGUCGCUCACCUGAGAAUGCACACUGGAGAGAAACCGUUCGCCUGUGCGGUCUGCGGGAAGAGCUUUUCUCAGAAAGGGAACCUUGUCAUUCAUCAGAGACUCCACACCGAGGACAAGCCCUAUAAGUGCUCGGACUGCGGGAAGUCCUUCUGUAAAAAUGCCGAUCUUGUCAGACAUCGCCGAAACCAUACAGGAGAGAAACCGUACAUGUGCCUGGAGUGCGGGCGAUCCUUUAGUAUGAACGCUGACUUUAUCAGGCAUUACAGAACCCACACGGGGGAGACGCAGUACAAAUGCUCCGAGUGCGGCAAAAGCUUUAGCAAGAAGUGCAACCUGGUGACACACGUGAGAAGCCACACGGGUGAGAAGCCCUACAAAUGCUCAGCGUGUGGGAAAAAGUUCUCCCUCAAAGGGAACCUUGUAGCCCACGAGAAAACCCACACGAAAGAGAAGCCGUGCAAGUGCUUGGACUGCGGGAGGUCCUUCAGCGUGAACUCUAAACUCGUUGAGCACCAGCGACUUCACACACGAGAAAAACCGUACGAAUGCUCAGACUGUGGCAAAAGAUUCCGCUGGAUCGGAAACUUCAUGUCACACAUACAGUUCCACUCGGGGGAGAAACCCUACGAGUGUUCGCUGUGCGGGAAAUCCUUCAUUAUACAACACGACCUUGUUCGGCACCAGAGGACUCACACGGGAGAGAAGCCCUACAGGUGUGCAGAGUGUGGGAAAACGUUCAGUCAGAAGGGGAGCCUUGUUGUACAUGAGAGAAUCCACACGGGAGAGAAGCCGUACAAGUGCGCGGAUUGUGGGAAAUGUUUCAACCUCAGCUCUUGCCUCAUCCGACAUCAGCUAACCCACACGAGGGAGAAACCCUACAAAUGUGCAGACUGCGGGAAAAGUUUUGGCGUCAGCUCUCGCCUCCUCCAACACCAGCAGAUCCACACAGGAGAGCGGAUUCAUAAGUGCUCGGAAUGCGGGAAGAGCUUCGCUCACAGAAAAACUCUUGUCAAGCACAUGCAAACACACACACAGGAGGAGAAGUCACAUACUUGCUUGGUGUGUGGGGAAAGUUUCAUGGACCCCACAGCUUUUAGCCAGCAUAAGAGAGUCCACGCUGAGGAGAACUCCUAUGAAAUCACCAUGUUGUGACAAGCAUUUGUGUAUCGGCCUUUAUAGAGGAAAUAACCCAGAGGAAGAAUGAGGAUAUCACAUGAGAUAAUAUUCAUUAGAAGGGAGGACUUUUAAAUGCUCUGAUUGUGGAAAGAGAUCAUGAGGGAUUUAUUUAUUUUUUACUUAUUAGGGAACAAGUAUCUUUUCUGUGAGAUCAUAAUUCUUUCAAUCUGCUCCCUCACCUGAACGCCACCACAAGGGCUAACGGAGAACCACCUUGCCCUGAGGGGAGAAGGAAGAAAAUAGCCUGAGGACUGCUGUUACUCUGGUCAGGGGAAGCUAUGGUUUGAAGCUGUUGCGUCAGCAGUGAUUCCAUUUGGACUUAAUUUAGAUAUUUUGCUAAACAUCUCAAGUACUGUCUGUCUUGUUAGAAAUGACAAACUGGUGGUUUUAAGACGACUUCUAAGGUAUUCCUGAUAUUGCUGUGGCAUAGGAGCCAAUUUCUAGGGGCCAAGGUGUCUUCUCCCCCCCACUCCAUAAAAUAUUUCAGGGGCCGGGUGCCCACAAAGUUGAUGGGCAUCGCCAUUCAAAUGGUGUGUGCACACCACAUCAUG